AUGGUGUUCAAGACUGGAGAGGAUCACCUCCCCGAGGAUGAGAUCUUCCCUGAGGAUCUGCGUGAGCUUGGCUUCGUCAUCUCCAAAGAUGACAAGAUAAGAUAUGUCCAUAGCCCUGAUCAGAGCGCACGUUACAAGAUCAACCGAAAUGAUCGCGUGAACCAGGCUCACCUCGAGAGCCUGCACAAGGCUAUUCGUAUCAGUAUCUAUGACCGUCUUGUGGGAAUCGGCAUGAAUCUGAUGAAGAUCCCGGGUGCCCAGCCGCAUGCUCCCAUCUUCAUCUCGAGCAACCUCCAGACGGCAUCUUGUGUCAUUGUUUUCUUUGGCGAAGUUGUCGAAGACCUAGGCAUUUUCUCAUACCGUGAUGCAUGCGAUGAGGGCCUUUCUUUCGGAUCGGUUCUGGGUGUUGCAAACGCCGUACUUGGCGAGAAUGCUUACUCCUCGCCAACUGCACUUAUCCUAGCAAACUCAGGCCAGAAUGUCUGGUACAAUGGAGGCGGUGUCGCAAUGACCCCCGAAAGCUUCAAUGCUCGAACGCGUUCCUCGCUUGUGGGCCGCCAACGUCCUUGGAGCCGUCGUAAUCUGAUCGCUAACAACUCAUCCCUCAAGGUGCACACCCAGUGGAUUUUCGAUGAAGUCCUGAAGCCAAACCUGGGACUUGGUGCCAAAGUCCAUAUUCUUGGUCUAUUUGAAGGUGGAAAUUCUGCUAUGGCGUAUCUGAGCCAUCACUGGAGCGUCUGGGGGCCCCAUAUUUCGUCCAUGAGCCUGGUCAGCCCCGAGGUGAUGUUCAACAAGGAUACCAAUAUUGGAGACCUGACAGAUCUGAGGUCAUUUGCCUCUUUUCGCCGAUUUCGCUGCCGUGCCUGGGUUCUCUCUGAUACUCCUAUUGGCACAAGUGUGCCUGGUCUUGAACUUUAUGGAUGCAACACCUACUCCUGUGGCGAAGGUACAAAGACAUCGUGCAUGAUCACUCGCGGUCUUGGUCACAUCCGAAGCUGGAUGAACGUUAUGUAUGCCCGUCCCAUGGCGAAAGAGAAGCUGGAAAUGCUCCCCGGUGAGACCGGUCUGAGCGACGAAGUGCUUGAUGUGCUGUACAACAGCAUUCCAUUCCCAGAGUAUCCGGGACUCCCUUGUGGACAAAUUGAAAUCCACAGUCGUCCUGUCCUGAAAAGCAUAUCAGAAUCGGUGUUCUACAUGUGGCUCACUCGCCACCAGAUUACCUUUUCCGUUGAAAAGGAUGGGGAUAUCAGUAUGCAAACAGACGAUGUGGAUGGCUCACAAAGUGAGGGGUCCUUCGUUGAUCUGACAGGUGACGCUGGGGAGGCUUUCAGUGCCCCGGCUGGGGUUCCUGCCGCGAGGGGCACCGGCGACGACAUACUUGAGCAGACCGGUGAUUUCGAUCUGACAGACCUGCACAUCAUCCGGGAUAUCGAGUGA